AUCGUCCAAAUACAUACGCCCUUGGGGAUCGUUCUACUCAGCGACAUACGACUCGACGUACGAUGACAAGCACUCCUGUUCCGCCUAAAACAGCGGCCGGUUCGGUGCCUCAACACAUCGCCUUGUACGAGUCGCUUCCCAGCCUGAUCGCACAGGUUCGGGCUGGUAAGAUCGCCCUGGGUACCACCCUCCAGCUGCGAUUGAUCAUCGGGAAGCACCGCAAACAGGCCACCGCGCACCUCCUCUCGAAAGGACUACCUGAUCCCUUUAUCAACCUGCCUGCAGGGCUCAAUCCGGACAUCAAGCUUCCUCCUGAGCUAGAAGCACUCCAGCUCGAGGUAAGCAAGACCCCUCGGCCUGCUGCCAAUUCGGCCAGUUCGGCCGGGGGGACUCCUAAUGACCAACCCAGGCCGGCGAUGGCGAACCCUCAAGCUAGGCCUCCUCAGGCUGGCCAGGCUGUUACGAGGAACCCUACACCCGGGAUGGUCCGCCCACCAGUAGCUCCUGGAGUCCGUCCACCUGCAUCAGGUACUCCAAUGCAACAAGCCCCUCCUCGUCCCCCGGUUCAGCAAGCACAAACUCCUCAGCCUGCUGGCAAUAGACCUCAGCCCAAACCUAAACCCAAGGCUGCACCUCAACAAGUCCGACCUCCAGUUGCACCUCCAGCUACGAACGCGGCUUCUCCCGCCCCGGCUCCCGCACAACCCACCGCCAAGACCUCGGCUGUAUCCACGCCUGUGCCGAGUAGGCCGUCGAGCGAGGCGCCGAGUCAGCCUGGACAGGCGGGGACGAGGCCGCCCGUUAUGGCCCCUGGUGGAAAGUAUUCGUGGGCUCAAGUGUUUCAACUGAGCGAGGCUGAGCGUCAGGCUUGGUUUGACGAGGUAGGGCUAAGCGGGCGAUCAUUAUCAGGCUGAAAGGUAGCGACACGAACGAAAUUGAUAUGCG